UGCCAAUCGGUUCAUACAUCAUCGUGACAAAGAUAUUAGAUAUUGGGAGCACGGAGUAACAUAUACAUCUGGCGGGAAAACAAACUUCGGAUUCAUUACCGCGUUGUAUCAUAAUAAUGUAUAUACCCAGAAAACAACCACAGACAGACACUCUUGAUGAAGCUAAACUUACAAACAUAAGAAGCAUUUCCGAAAAGCAUGCUAAAGUUAAUCUGAUAGGUGUGAUUAUUCAAAAACUGCCUGUUAAACGAUGCUCAACUAAUCUCUUGGGUUCGAAUAGUCAAGCUGUAUUAGGAUUCACUCUUAGAGAUAGCACAUAUGACUGGAUUAACGGAAGCUACUGGGGUACAUUUUCGAAUGUCAAUUAUGUGGCAUCCCAAUUUAACAUUGGCGAUUGCGUAAUUGUGCUUAAUGCCAGGUUAAAGUCCAAAGAAAGAAACUCUUAUGAAGAACGUUUUAUGGUUCAAACACCCUCAAACUAUCAUUUGCUUUUGAGGGAUGGGAGUGGAAAUAUUACACAAUAUGCAUUUCCUGAUAAGUUAUACAUAAGCCGCCUAAAAUCAUCGUUAGUGUGCUCAGCGGCUUAUCACAGAUCUCUACAUCAAGUAAUACAGGCGAUCUACUCCAAAAGAUUGUCAAACAACCAAAACCACUUCGGCUGGAAAAUAUAUGAUUCCUCUUUAGAGUUUACAUUCUUUGCAGUUGUUUCAGAAGUAAAGCACCCAAAAACCUUGAUAAUGUCUCAAAAAAAACCAAAGUGUGAGGAAGACGGGGAUUUUACAAUACAAAAUGGGAGUCUGACUAGCAAAUCCAAGUCAAUUCAGUCGAUUGAAGCAGUUCAAACGGUACUUCAGCUGUGUGAAGUUAUGCUUUUUGAUGAUUCAUGUAGCUGUCUUCCGCUAAUCUUUUGGAAUGAAGACUGGAUCCACAUGGCAUUAACAGCUUUUAUACCAUAUUCUACCGUUUUAUCGAUUGUGAACUGUCCAGUUCGUUACGAUCGUUACCGCAAAGGUGUGGUUGCCUCUCCAAACUCAAAAACCCUAAUUAUUAUCUCACCUGACUGUGCUGAGGCCAAUCGUUUAAAUCAACACUCUAAACAUCGGACUCAAAGCAUGAAUAUUUUGGAAAGCGGCCAUACUUCUUUUGCUGUUGAGAAUGUGGAUGACAGACUAUUACAACCUUUACCGAUAGGAUAUAAAACAGCCCAACCAGAGAUCUACAAAGUCCCCCUGACAAGUAUUCACAAUAUAUUAACUGUUCGAGACCUUAAAGAAGGAAAAGUUGUUGCUGGAUAUGCCUGUACAUUCGCCUUGUUUACUAAAAUCGAUUUGGACUGUGAAAAUUCACAAUACCUGAUAACACUGCAAUGCUCCAAUUGUCAUGGUCGCUUAAGGUCAUGUGAUCCGCCAGCAGAUUACGGUGUGACAGCACCAGGAAAAAAAUUUGACCCAAAUAUGAAACAUAUGUUUGCAAUGUGCGCUACUCCAGGUUGUCCGACAAGUGGACAAAGACUGUCUUGGUUUGAUAAACAACACGUAAAUAUGGAAUACGGUACCAUUGUUCACCUAUCCGAUCAUACAGGAACAUAUUCUAGAUGUCUUUUAGCCAGUAUUGCAAUGGAAAAACUUUUAGGAUGCAACGUCGAAGAAUUUCUACAUUUACCAAUGGAGAAACGAGUUCGUUUGAAGUGGAAGUUCUGUCUAAGAAGAUUUAAGGUCUGUUUACUACUUUUUUUAUGUGUUACAAUCUUCAGUUUCAAGUAGAUGAAUUACUUUAAAAUAUCUUAUUAUAAAGGAUACUGUUUUGAAUGAUAUACCAUUUCUGAUCUGGUAAAGAAAACCCAGUUUCAAGUUCUAAUGGUUUUACUUAAUUAAUCCAUUAAUGUACAUUAAUGUAUUUAUUUAUUUACAGUAUCACAAGACACCAGUAAUUCUUGAAUAAAUUUUGAGUAAACAUUUGAUCCACUAUAAUUGCAGUGAAUUUCUAACCAAACGCCUUCGACAAUAAAUUUAUUAUCAUGAAUUCUGAGUACAAAUAUCUGUUCUUACCUGAUCAAUGGUUUACAAUAACUAUAGACCUAUUGAUAUAUUUUUUCAUUUAUUAGAAAAUGCAGUCCUGAAGAGAAAGCCAUGUCUCAUCACUAUUCAACACCACAUCAAAUUAUACACAUCAUAUACAUUGCUAUUGUAUAGAUCAUAGCUAAUUUCUCUUGUGAAUAAUCGUUAUAAUACUUGAAAUAAACCGUACGUUUUGACAUUAAACAAAAACAAUUUGGGUGUGAAACAAUAUUUUCAUAAGAACGGUCUAAACCCAUUAACCUAUUGACUAGUUGUUCGAGUUUACAGUUUGUGAAAUAAUCCAGAGAUUUAUUCAAGUACCAUAAUGAUUACACUAAUGAGACAAACAUGUUGUUCAAAUUCUCUUUCCACAAAACCAGUAUAAUUUACGUUUUAUUUAUAGAUUGACCAAAUUAAAUUUGUUUAUUUGGUUAAAUAAUUAAUAACAAUUAAAAAUGACAAUAACUGAACCAAUUUAUGCUAAAACUUAUUAAUUUUAUUCUUCAGGUUUAUUUUUGGACUGAACAGAUUAGUUAUAAUAAUCCAUCACCUUUAAUCGUUAUAAUAGGCGUUGAAAAACCUAAUGCUUUUGAAGUAAUUCAUUCAUUGAAAUUAAACAGAUAACAUUAUUUGUUAAAUUGGUUGAUAUAUCAAAGAUCUUAAACAUUUCGUUGAAUAACCUUUUGCUAUUAAAUGUUUACAAUCCUUAUUCGUUGUUUCUGUGAAAUUGUUUCCUAAAGAAGCAUUGUUUACACUUUCCAAUAAUAAAAUGAAUAGUUGAAAUGAAUUUCUUUACUGCUUUGGUGUAAAAUAAGUAAGAAAAUAAUUAAUAGUAAUUAUAAUGUGUACGUGGUACCUUUAACAGACAAAUUAUUAUUCAAAACUUAAAUUGUUUAGUUCAUGAUCAAAAUAAUGUUGAGUGUGUUUGUAAAUCAAUAAUCAAAUUAAAC